AUGGAGGAAAAGAACGCAACUAUGGAACCGGAAAACGAACAGUUUUAUCCAAGUUCCCAAGAGAGCGAGGACGACGAAGAAGAUAAGAAUGACAAAAGUGAUAAAAAGAAACCAUACAUAAUGGAUCCUGAUCAUCGCCUCAUUUUGCGUGUCACCAAGCCAUUGCUGCAAAGCCGGAAUUCUGCUGUUGUAUUGGCUGUCGCUCGACUCUAUCAUCAUUGUGCCCCUGCUUGUGAAGUUGGAGUUGUAACGAGAGCGCUCGUAAGGCUUCUCAAAGGACACAGAGAAGUUCAAUAUGUCGUUCUUAGCAAUAUAGCAACAUUAUCAUCGACAAGGAAGGGAAUGUUUGAAGCGCAUCUGAAAAGUUUCUUCGUUCAUUCCAACGACUCAAAAUAUAUCAAAACAUUUAAGCUUGAAAUAAUGACGAACAUCGCUUCGGAAAGUAAUAUAACGUUGCUAUUGCGGGAAUUUCAGAAUUACAUCAACAAUUCGGACAAAGAGUUCGUUGCGUCGACGAUACAAGCCAUUGGCCGUUGUGCAUCGAACAUUCCCGAAGUUACAGAUACCUGUUUAACCGGUCUAGUUAGACUGCUAUCCAAUAGGAAUGAAACGGUGGUGGCUGAAAGCGUUGUAAUGAUAAAAAAAUUAUUACAAUUAAAGCAUAAAGAUAAAUCUCAAAUAAUCAUACAAAUGACGAAAAUACUGAAUAAAAUUACGGUUCCCAUGGCUCGUGCCAGUAUCAUUUGGCUCGUCGGUGAAUAUGCGGAACGUGUUCCAAAAGUUGCCCCGGAUGUACUGAGAAUAGCCGCGAAGUCAUUCACAAAGGAGGAGGAUAUUGUGAAAUUACAAAUCAUCAAUCUUGGUGCGAAAUUAAUUCUAAUCAAUCCAAACCAGACUCAGCAGUUGUGUCAAUAUGUAUUAAAUCUCGCCAAAUAUGACCAGAGCUACGAUAUAAGGGAUCGAGCGCGAUUUUUACGUCCCAUUGUGUUUCCCGGAGAGAAGGUGGGACAGAUUGUUAAACACUCCAAGAAGAUAUUGCUGGCUUCCAAACCACCUCCCGUGUUAGAGUCAUCUUUCAAAGGUCAUGGUGAGUUCAUCGUCGGCUCUCUCUCUCAUCUCAUAAACGCACGAGCGUCUGGCUAUCAAGAACUUCCCGAAUACCCCGAGGUCCCUCCCGAUCCCUCUGUUAGAAACGUCGAGGUCGAGCCGUUGUGGGAGAAAUCUAAAUCGAAGUCAAGAUCAAAGAAAAAGUCUACAUUUUACUCAAGUGAAUCUGAAUCCGACUCUGCGUCGGAAUCUGAAUCAGGCUCCGGUUCAAGUGGAAGCAGCGGAAGUGAAAGUGAGAGCGAUGAAGGCAGCGAGAGCGUCAGUAAAUCUAGCAUGGAGUCUUUACCUGGAUCGGAAACAGAAAGCCAAGAGAGCGACGACGAAAGGAAAAGAAUGAAAGAGCAAAGAGUCGAAAAAAUCAGAAAGUCAGAGCAGCAUCGAGUCGAAAACGAUUCCUGUGGCUCCUGUUGUAAAUGGUCCUACAUAAGAACAUUCUUUCCCCUCGCUGGUGGACGAUAUGAAAACACUUUCCCUUGGUGUCGUACAGAAUGGAGUUGCUGCGGUUGUGCAAAAGGUCGUAACGGACUUCUCCAAUUGAGGACUUAUGAACUGCUCAAUAAGAUGGCUGGUCGUGGAUUGCAGGCUCAAUACAAGUUCCCGGAGUCCGUGUCUGUAUUCGACUACGAUGGUCGCCAAAGUGGGACUCGGCAGAAAAUAGCCGAUUUUCCUAAGAUUGAAUCGAUCGGUAUUGGUUCUACAGUCACCGUGAGCAUGGGGAUAGAUUUUAAGGAUACUAUACAACCAGUUAGUUUUGAGAUAUGCACGAAGUCCGAUAAGUUUACUGUCAAGUUGAAAUGCCCGAUGGGAGAACAGCUUCACGCGAGGCCGAUAACUGAAAAUGACUUUCUUACUUUGCAAAAGAAGUUGUCGGGUAUGAAUGAAAGCUCUCUGACUGUGGAUAUCCCGCAGGAGAACUGCGAGGAACGCGUGCUCGCGUCGAAAAUCCUGGGUUGUGCGAGUGUAGCGGCAUUACCCAGAAAUAGCAUUAAUUAUUAUAGGUUUUCUGGGUCGGCUACUUCAUCCGGGGUCCCCGUAUUGAUAACUGUCGAACUUAAGGAGUAUGGAAAAGAGAGUAGGAUUACGGUGAAUUGCGAAAAAAUGACAAUCAAUUCAAUUUUGGCGAAAGAACUGGUCGCCGCUGUGGGAAAAGUAUGAUACGUCCAUGUUAACGCACAUUU